UAUGGAUAGUAUAGCACGCCCAGCCGCCCAGACAUUUUCGAUUACGAAUUUCAAAGCCGUAUACUGAUAAGCUGAUAAGCGAUAAACGAUUGACCAUAUUUCCAUUUUUUGAGUGAAAUAGUUCAUAAGUAAUAUUUUUCUACGUGAUGUAUUGUUAGUUUACGAUGAGUUUUAUAUUGCCAAACGGUAUUUGGUAUAUUUUAGUAUAAUAUUAUUGAGAAUGUUUAAUGUUACUUGUCUCGAGUUAAUCAACUAUCAUUAAUUUUUUUUUGUUCUCAAAUAAACUGCUUCAAUAUGAUGCAACAAUAUCUUAAGGAAAUGGAACAGGUAAUAUUUUGAAAUCCAUGUUGGAUUAAUUUUACUAACAGUAUUUGACUAUUGUUAAUAUGAUAUAUCAUUGAUAGGACCCAUACGAUCCGGAUGAGUUUGUCGAACGUAUGGCCUAUCGAGUAUUUGGAAACAGUGCCAAUGAUGAUAACACAGUAGUAGACGAUCUUCAAGAUACCUUUGUCCAAGCAAUAAAGUACUAACUCUAUAAUAUUAAAUACUUUAAUAAUAAUUUGAUGAAUAAAAAAUGUCUAAUUAAUAUUAAUUUUAGAGACCUAAAGUUUUUACAAGAACGUCAGAAAAGAAAAUGUGAGAAACUAGAACAAGAUUGUCGAGAAAAAGAAUCCCUAUACUUAUCUCAAAUUCAAAAUCGCCAAGAUCAUAAUAAAGUAAUUACAUAGUUAAUAAUAUUAUUUAUCAGAACCAACUUUAUUUUUUUUAUUAUUAUUAUUCUUAGAAUGUAAUUUAUAUUUGUUUUCGAACAUAUUUAAUUUUAAUUUCCUUUACUAUUGUAACAGGCUGGAAUAUUAAUAUUUCAAAAUUUGGAUGAACGAAUAAAUUAUGUUGCUACUAAAGUUAUUCAUGUGGGAAAUCAGUUAGAAUCUAUUAAUACACCACGUUCUAGAACUGUACAAGUUCAUAAACUUAUUGGUUAUUUAGAAGAAUUUAUGUCAGCUGGACCCCUAACUUCAAUUGUUUUUAAUGAUCCAACAAAGGUAAACAAUAUUUGUAUCUUAUGUUAAUUUGUGUAAGUUAAACAAUAACUUAGGCCCUCCUCACACAGGGAUACUCAAAAGAAAUUGCAAUCGUCUAGAUACUAAGAGACUGGGUAACUAGACAGUUGUGCAUGUGUGUUUGAAUAGUGUUGUUCAGAUGGCACUACAUAAAUGUCGUAACUGAUAAACUGAUGCGACUUGUUGCCUGGCAACUAGACAUGUCAACCUCUUCGCUACUCUAGUUGAUUAAGUUGCUUCAAAGUUACCUAAACUUUAUCUUUUAUUCUGUAUCCAAUUUUUAUUAUCUAUUAUAGAGCAAAAUUUUGAAAUUAAAUAGCAUCCUGAGCUAUACAAUUAAUCAUUAAAGAGAUACUCCAAAAAUAAAUCUACUACUAUAGAAUCACUACCAGACAUUACGAAAUAUUAACAACAGUUCAAAAAUUAAUAUACUAAUAAUAAAUAAUAUACAUAAUAUAUUAAUUAAUAUAAAUAAUAAAUAUUAAUAUACAUGUAUUGUACAAACAACUGAAAAAUACUAAACUGUGUUGUUGAAAUUGUGAGGAGAUACUAAUUUGGAAUGCUUUAUGUAACUGGUAACUUAAAUUUCUUUGUUGCUCAGUCUCCUAGUAUCUUGGCAAUUAUAGUUUCUUUUGUGUAUCUUCGUGUGAGAAGCGCCUUAAUGUGUAUUAACAUUAAUCUUAACUUUUCAUAGAUUGAUGAAGCGGCAGAUAUAAUACAAAAACUAUUCCCUAUAGCUCUAGAGCUUUCUCCAGGCAAGUAAGUUUUCAACUAAAUAUUGUAUUUUUAUUUAUUUUAAUACAUGCUUUUCUUGGUUAGAUUUGAAGAAGCUAAGAUGAAAAUAAUUAAAAAGUAUGAUGAAAUUGAAAUUUCCUUGAUAGAAGAAUUUAUCAAAAAUCAUUCCCAAAAAAAUUUAACUCGCAUGAAAGAAAUUGCUGCUAUAUUAAAUCAUUUCAAAGGUUAUUCUCAAUGUGUGGAUGCAUUUAUUGAAAACAGCCAAGCAGUAAGUUAAUGUUUAUUAGGAAUUAUUUAAUUAGUUCAUACAUUUAUCAGUUUUUAAUUUUGGCAAUUAUUUUAUUAGAAUUCUCUUUCGGGAAAAAAUUUGUUUUCUGAAAUUAUUCCUGUCUGUGAAUAUAAUCUAAAAAUCAUUGAAAGUGUUUUUAUAAAUCCUGAUCAAAUUAUGGCAAAAUUUGUACUAAAUAUUUAUCAACUUAAAUUACAGGUAAUUAUUAUAUAAAAUAUAUUUUUUUGUUGAAGUUAUUUUACUUAUUGGCUAAUUUGCAUAUAUUUUUUAGAAUCAUAUUAUUUCAAUAUUAUCUGAUGUUAAGGAUACAGCUAGUUAUUUGGAAAAGCUUUCUCAGCUAUAUAAAAAGUAUACUAUAAUAGAAACAUAAUUUGUUAUUAAUAGGAUUAAUUUUUUUUUUUUUUCAGAACUACAAUAUUAUCCAAGCAUUUUUCAAGUUUGAAUUUGGGACACGAUGAUAUGUUUUUAAAUAAAAUGCAAACAAAUAUUUUCCAAAAAUAUUUGGAUACAUACUUUGUGUACUAAUUUACAUUUUUUAAUAUUAAAUUAGUUAUAUUUGUUUAAUUAUAAUUUUUAAAUUAUGAUUUUUAGUUCUGAAUUGAAAAAUCUUAAAGACAAUUUGUUGAUAAUUUUACAAAAAUUCUACGCUUCUAAAGGACAUACAAGAAAACAAUUCCAGGCUGGCGGGUGAUUAUAAUUAAUUUAUUUUAUUUUAUUUCUGUUGUUUACCUAACUUGAGAAUACAAAUCUUUUAAAAUCUAAUACUGAAGAGUACUUAUGGCAAAACCAAUGAUCUUUGGGUAAUGUGCACUGAGAAUAGCUAUGAGCCUUUUUUGAAUUUCCUUGGUAUUAUAAAGGAAAUACAGGGUAAGUUAUAUUGUUGAAUAAAACAGUAUGAUUUUGAAAGGAGUAAUUAUUACCAGAAUAAUAGAGUACAAAGCAUGCCAUGAAAAUAAAAAAAUUGGUUAUAAAUGAAGUUUAUAGGUUCAAGUAUUUAAUAUUAAGGAUAAAGACAUUUUUUUAUUUUAUAAUCAUCAAAAUUACUGUUUUUAGCUUUCAAGAAUUAAGGAGAGAUUUACAAACUGUUAUUAGCACUCGUACAAAUUUUAAUAUAAUGCACAUAGAAGAUUAUGGUGGAGAAACAUUUUUGUCAGAAAAUGUUGCUAUAGCUUUUCUUCAAGAAUUUAAUCAGUCGUUAGAAAGAUGUUGUACGGUAUUUAUCAUUUGUAAAAUUUUACUUGUAUAAUUAUGCAUGCUAUUGUUAUAGCAAAUAAAAGUAAUUUACGUUUAUUAAUAUAAACUAUUAACUUUAUUCAGCUGUCCACAUCAAAUAAUAUUCCAUCCAACUGUUAUCAGAUUUUUGAAGUAUUGACAAUGUAUUUGAUAGAAGAUUUUGUUGAUUAUGGUAUAGAAUUAGCUGUACAAUCUGUGCCAAUACCAGAAGCUAAAACCCACGAACCUCCUAGUAUUAUCUUUUUUGAAGUAGUAAAACAAGUUCAUAGGAUAAUUGUUUUAUAUGAAAAUCAAUUUUCAGAAACUUUAGUCCCAUUGAUUAUGUAAGUAUUAUAUAUUUUUUUCAAACCAUUAUCUUGGAUGUAUAGUUAUUGAUAUUUGAAUCUAGUAUAUUUUGUUUUAUUUUUUUAUAAUUAUUAAAAGAACAACUCCAAAGUAUUCACAGUGUAUUAAUUUAAAGAAAAAUAAACUUGAACAAAUUGAAUCGAAAAUUGAUUUUGGUCUAGAUAGGUAUGAACAAAUUGAAUAAUAAUUAUUUCAAAAUUAUUACUAUUUUAAAUUAAAUGACUGUUUUAGAUCUUUAAAUGCAAUUACUGGUUGGAUUAAAAUUUGUCUUGCUUCUGAACAAAAAAAAUCAGAUUUCAAGCCAGAAGCUGAUGUUGAUACUAUGAUUUCAGUAGUAAAUAAAUAUAUAAUUUUAUUAUUUUGUGUAUUAUUGUUAAAAUAUUUUUUUGAAAUCAUUUAAAUAAUAUUCCAGAAUUAUUUAUAUAUUUAAUGGUGUUAUAGGCUUGUAAAUAUGUUGUGCAAUAUUUAAGUUCUAAUAUUAAACAUAUACGUGAGUGCUUAGAUGAUAAAAAUGCUGAACUAGUCUUUGUUGAACUUGGAAUAAAAUUCCAUCGUAUAAUUUAUGAACAUUUAUUACAAUUUACAUAUAAUUCUGCUGGUAAGAAUUCAUAUUUUACUCUUUACUGUGUACAAAUAUAAUAUUUUUAAAUAAAACUAAUUUGUUUAGGAGCAAUGUGUGCAAUAUGUGAUGUAAACGAAUAUAGAAAGUGUAUUAAGGAUUUGGGUUCAAAAUUAGUGAUAAAUUUGUUUGACACUUUGCACGCAUUAUGUAAUUUGUUACUUGUAAAACAUGAAAAUUUGAAACAAGUCUGUUUUGGAGAAACUUUGGUAAAUUAUUGUUCUGUUAACUUUAUUGUGACAAAUAUACUAUUAUUAUUAUCAUUAUUAAAAAAAAUAUACAUAAUAUUAUGUAUUAAUUUAUGAUUUUCAAUUUGAAUAUAUUUUAUAUAGGUUGGUUUGGAUCACUCUGUACUAAGUAAUUUUAUUCAGUUACGUAGUGAUUUUAAAACUCAAAAGUUGGGCAUUUUGCUGAAAAAUCUAACAUCUAGAUGAUCCUUUAUAAUUUAUGGUACAAAUGUA